AUCGAUCUAUCAACGUGAAUGCUAGAGAUUGUGAGGGUAAAACUGCUCUAGAUAUAUGUCUACAGGCACCAGAUAGAAACAGGCGACAUGAAGAAGUCAUGAAUUUUAUUCGAGAAGCACAAAUACAACCUAGUAUGACUAUACAGAUAUAUUUAAUGGAUAAAUCAGUAAAACUAGUGAAACUACCAGCAGGUCAUCAUACAACAGUACAACAGUUAUGUGAAUUAAUGUUAGAGGAGUUUGAUCUGCCACUAGAAAUUUAUAAAGAUAUUUUUACAAUAUGGACAUGUUCUCCUAGUUUACAAUUACAACUGAGACCAGAACAUAAACCGACUCAACAACUCAAGAUGUGGAAUAGAACUGUUCAUAUGUUAACUAAUUCGGCUACAGAUGAGGAACCAGUUUUAAAAUGGCGCAGAAAUGCUAAAAUUAGUGUAGAAAGAGAGAAAAAGUUGACCCAUCCUGAAGCCAUUAAGAUGUUAUUUCAUGAAGCCUAUGAUAACUAUAUUAAUGCUUUUUAUCCAUGUACCGACCAUGAUGUUCUUACAUUUGCCUCAAUUUUGUUCUGUUUGUGGUAUGGAGAACAAGAAUCUUCUGCAGUUAAAUCUAUUCUAUCAAAUGAUAAGAAUAUGAAACAGUUAGUCCCAGCUGUUGUACUGAAAGCUAAAGGAGCCUCUAUAACCAAUAAAAUACUGAGAGAAUAUAAUAAUCGGGACCAGAUUUUGGGUAAAGAACGAAAUCAUAUGACAUUACAGCGUAAAUUUCUUAGUAAGUGCUAUGUAUUAACUGUCUAUGGUUCAGCUUUCUUUGAAGGAAACCUACUUCAGCACAAGAAUCAGUGUCGCUGUCAUAUUGGUGUAAAUGAUGUUGGGCUUCAUAUUAUCAAUGCACAAACUAAAAUAAUGAUUCAUUCAUAUUCAUAUGCUGAACUCAAGAAGUGGCACGAACGUGAAUUUAUUUUGGAAAUUCAAAUCUUAAAAUCAGAAUCCCGACAUAAACGACAGCAACCAACAGAACUUAAAAUAAGGACAAAACAAGCUGGACUUAUUGUGAUUUUAAUGAACAAACUUAAUCAAAUACAUUUCAUCUCAAAUGUGAGAUGAUGAAAACUUCGAUUCAGUCGUGUUUCUUCGUUUAUAUAUAGUUGUGUUUCAUCAGACUUAAAGACAUUUGUGUAUCGUAUAAUAUAUAUAUUGAAAAGUUUGUAAAUUAAUAUAUUUAUGAUUAAGUGGUCUUUAUGGUAGAUAUACACAAUUGAAGUGUUUUUCCUGCCAUGGACUGUGACCGGUUUAGAGAAAUGGAUGUAUUAAAGGAUAAUUUAUUGUUUUGCUUCCUUGCUCUAAACUUUGAUAAAAUGUGUGUAUUUAAAGCAUUAAUGGAAGUUAAUUAAACUCCAGUUGAUUCAUACUAUAUUGAAUUGUAAAGAUGUGAUUGUCUUCUGUCAGGAAACCACAUCAACUUCUGACAAACUACUAAAUCAUAUAAUCAGCUCAUUAAACAAGAUCAGAUAACUCCAGUCAGAACUAUAGAAGGGGGGUUGAUAUUACUCUCUUAAACAAGAUCAGAUAACUCCAGUCAGAACUAUAGAAGGGGGGUUGAUAUUACUCUCUUAAACAAGAUCAGAUAACUCCAGUCAGAACUAUAGAAGGGGGGUUGAUAUUACUCUCUUAAACAAGAUCAGAUAACUCCAGUCAGAACUAUAGAAGGGGGGUUGAUAUUACUCUCUUAAACAAGAUCAGAUAACUCCAGUCAGAACUAUAGAAGGGGGUUGAUAUUACUCUAUUAAACAAGAUCAGAUAACUCCAGUCAGAACUAUAGAAGGGGGUUGAUAUUACUCUCUUAUCUUGUUGUAUGAAUUAUUUUAAUAAGAAGCUAUUUAAUUCUUUUUUUGGCUUCACAAAACUUUAUUUUAAAAACAUUUUGAUUUCAUAUUUUGCUUUCAUAUGUAAAUAUACCGUGUUUAUUAGUCCUGUUGUAGAACAGAAGGACAUUGAACCCCCAUUUCAUCUGUAAAUAUAGGUUUAAAUACUAUAAUAUGUUUAUCAUUAAUUUAAUUAGAAAUUAAUAUAUAUGACCCAUCACAUGGAAACAGGUAGUAAGUCGUAUAGGUCUAUAUUCUGGUCAACUCUCAGAUCUUCACAAGCUUCAUUUAUAUAUUCCAAGAAUGGAUUUGAUGAAAAUAUAAUCCUAAAGAUGUUUUCGUAAGCAUGAUUUGUCAACCAUACCCACUGGUUUUGAAAUACUCUCAAAUUGAUCUGGACGUAUUUGGCGUUAUCUUGGCCAUCGAACACGAUAUGGAGCAUCCCAAACUUAGGCUGCCUUUCUACAGCUAGCUUUGCCUGAGAACAGGCCCUAAGCUAAUUACCCGACAUUUCAAUUCCUACAUCGACGAUUUUAGUCGAAAACACUGAGUAUGCUUUUAGUAAUUUUUAGAAGUAUUUAUUUCUCUUCUAUUGUCAUAUUGAAUGAAAUUAUAUAUGUUGAUUUAGCCGCUGUGUGUAUGAAAGAUGUCAAACUAAUCAAAGCCGAAUCACAAAAUAGUCCUCUAAUUAUUCAAUAUGGCGGCGCCCAUAAAAGGUAAUUUCACAGAGGCGGGUUUGUUUGCAAAGACAAAUUUAGGAGUAUCUAACCUUGUUUUGAAAGAUAAACAGAUUGAAACUCUAAAGACAGUUUACAAUGGCAAAGAAUGUAUUGCAACCCACUAGUACAUAUUAUGUAUCGCUUUAGUUGACAUUUUGCUAAAGACAUGUGUUUACAUAAAACACGUGCGUGCUCGGGUUAUUUUUACUCUUUUGUGUAGUCCGGUCGAUAAGUCCCGCCUCAAAAUGAUCAUGUGAGCGUUUUAAAUGGCGGCUAUACGGGGCAGUGAUCAUAAUGACGUAUGACGUAUGACGUAGAUGGAUCGCUGCGUGCAGUUUGGAUGUGGAGCUGGGAAUGGUACCAAGAUGAAGCUUGGAUGGAACCCAAGGAAUGUGAUUAUGUGCAUAACUCAAUAUGGCCAAAUUGUUACUUACUACCCAUUUCGAUGGUCACAUAUUAUACAGAUUUUAUAUUCAGCAAUUUCCCUUACCAUACUGGAAAAUUCAAACUUCAGUUCUUAUCAUACUGGAAAAUUCAAACUUCAGUUCUUAUCAUACUGGAAAAUUCAAACUUCAGUUCUUAUCAUACUGGAAAAUUCAAACUUCUGUACUUAAAAAGGAAUAAUAAAUGUUAUGAUAAUUCAAAUUCUUUUUACAUAAAUGUACCUCACUUUUCAUUAAACAAGUACGUAUACUCUGACAUUAUACAAGUACAUAUACUCUGACCUUUAACAAGUACGUAUGACAUUAUACAGAUAAUUUCUUCUUUUAUUUUGUUUAUUUUUUCAAGCAGUAACUAUUUCUUUGUGAUGGUAAUCCAGAAAAAAAUUCAUCCACGCUGGAUCCUGAGUUUUUGUAAACAUUUUGUUUAAAACUUGCUUGAAUUGUUGGUCUAGUUAAAGGAGGAACCAUAUUAGCAAUUGUUUAUGAGUUAUUGUGUUUGUCACUGAAAGCUUGUAAAUUCUCUAUUUGUCAAAGUUUAGGAGUGAUAAGGAUAAAUUCAGGUUCACGAUUUGUUUGUGUUAUAGUACCGCUCACCGAAAUGUCUGACAUAUUGUGUAUUUGUCAGAUUGACUUUGAAUUUAUACACAACGUUUAAAGUUAGGAGACAAGCAAACCCAUUGAUUUUCAAAGAUUUCUGAUGUUAUUGCCCUUGAUCACUUGAGAAAUCUUGUGGACAUGCUAGAGUCUAAUAUUAAUAUAAAUUUAUACACAGUGUUUAAGGUCAUGAGACAAACAAUUGAAACAAAUUCUAAUGAUUUUUGAUAAUUACUUAAUGGGUUGUUAUUCGUAAUCAGAUUUUAGUGUGUUGUGAAUGUUUUCAUUACUGACAAAAGAAAAAAUAUGCGACAACCCUUGUUGACUGUCCGGACAACUUAGCUGAUGUGGGCGUAUGUUUCAUUGCCUGGCAACCUAUCUUUCGUACUGUAGUGUAAAUAUAAAUAGAAAAGUAACAAAACUAUAUCCAAGUCGGAAUAAAAUAAAAAUCAAACUAGAUGAUGUCAAAAUUAUAAGUUAUAUUUGUGAUGAGAAAGUCAGGUUUAGUUUACUCUUCAUUUUAAAAAUAGGUUUUCUCAAUAAGGAUAAUUUAUGUACAAUAGUUAAAAACAUUUAACUGACAAUCUCAUGUCAAUUUGUAUAUAAAGGUAUUUGUUGUGUAUACAGAUCACUGCCUUCUAUAAUAAAUUUUGAAAAUACAAAAAGAUUUAAUAUAAGUCUGUUAUAAAGAGAAAAUAAUCCUGUUUUAAAUAUGUGAUAAUUUUUUACCUACACACAAUUAAUUAACAUAUGUAAAUACCUGUUGUUAUUUUUUUAAAUAUAAAUUUGCUGAAA